CGAGCCGGGCUCCCUCUGCACCGCAGUCCGCGGCUGCCAAGAGGAGCCGCCGGGCGCUCGCAGGCUCGGCGCGCGCUGCCCGCGGGAGGACCCGGCCGCCGCGCCCCCGCCGCGCCCCGCCGCCGUCCGGAGCCAUGGCCGCGCUCGGCCACCCCGCCGCCUUCGGCCGGGCCACCCACGCCGUGGUGCGGGCGCCGCCCGAGUCCCUGGUCCAGCACGCGCUGAGGCGCGCCAAGGGCGACGAGGUGGAUUUCGCCCGCGCCGAGCGGCAGUACCAGCUCUACGUGGGCGUGCUGGGCAGCAAGCUGGGGCUGCAGGUGGUGGAGCUGCCGGCCGACGAGAGCCUCCCGGACUGCGUGUUCGUGGAGGACGUGGCCGUGGUGUGCGAGGAGACGGCCCUCAUCACCCGCCCCGGGGCGCCGAGCCGGAGGAAGGAGGUUGACAUGAUGAAAGAAGCAUUAGAAAAACUCCAGCUCAAUAUAGUAGAGAUGAAAGAUGAAAAUGCAACCUUAGAUGGUGGGGAUGUCUUAUUCACAGGCAGAGAAUUUUUUGUGGGCCUUUCCAAAAGGACAAAUCAACGAGGUGCUGAAAUCUUGGCUGAUACUUUUAAGGACUAUGCGGUCUCCACUGUCCCUGUGGCUGAUGCUUUGCAUUUGAAGAGUUUCUGCAGCAUGGCUGGGCCUAACCUAAUUGCAAUUGGAUCCAGUGAAUCUGCGCAGAAGGCCCUCAAGAUCAUGCAACAGAUGAGUGACCAUCGCUACGACAAACUCACUGUGCCUGAUGACAUUGCUGCAAACUGUAUAUAUCUAAAUAUCCCCAGCAAAGGCCAUGUCUUGCUACACCGAACCCCGGAAGAGUAUCCGGAAAGUGCAAAGGUUUAUGAAAAGCUGAAGGACCAUAUGCUGAUCCCCGUGAGCCAUUCUGAAAUGGAAAAGGUGGACGGGCUGCUCACCUGCUGCUCCAUUUUAAUUAACAAGAAAGCAGACUCCUGAGUCGCAGUCCCUCCCUCAUAGCUGGCAGCACUGCGCUCACAGGCCGAUAACUGUACCCACUCCUUUCGUUCUCAUUGACAAUCUGCUGUGCCACUGUGCUACUAACUCUGGUUUACGGAAGUUUAAUUCUAAGUUUAAUUGCUUCGUUCUGUACCCUCUCCUCCCUGCCCUCACAGUGGUACCCAAGCUGUGGAUUUGCUAAAUGAAUUAAGCAAUUUAGAAAAUAUAGAGCUAAUGAAUUAUUGAAAUGUGAUUAAUAAUAGUAAGGAAACACUCAUUUUGGUGUUUGUACUAUCAGUGUGAAAUCAUUUAGUUGCCAAUAUAUGCUGAAGUAUGUCUUCUUGAUCAGUCAGAUAAGCUGGGUCUUUUUUUCUCUGUAUCAUUAAUCAUCUUUGGUUCCUGUGAAAUUCCCUGGUCCAUGGAUCCCCCCUUUCCCUCUUUUUUCUUUCUGAACUCUGGAGACUUUCUUUCCAGUUACUUUCCUUUGCCUUUUCCAUUGCUGUCACAGUCACCUUGGCCUUGGGUAAAAUGCAGGGUGAAAUGCCUUCUGGAUAACUUGCUGCAAGUCCACCCUGCCUGCCAUUGGUCUCCUCUCCCUCUUGACAUCUUUUGCCACCACCCCCACUCUCCCCCAGAGGGGCAAAUGGGCCCCCCAGCAGAACUGAACUGUGACCAAAAUCAGAGCGGCUGUUUGGGGGAGAAUUAACUACACAGAGGCACAUCCUGAUGGGGUUUGUUCCAGAAAUCUAAAUUCCAGAAGAAGUAGGGCACCACACCUAGGAAGGUAAAUUUGGCUUCACAUGUUUGCCAGGGGAUCGUAGAUCAAGAAGCUUGGAAACACCCCGUGGGUACAACAUGUUAGAAAGUCUUUAAGUCACAUUCCAUGAAUUUUUGCUUCAUUACUAGCCAUAUCCAGACCUUGGGGAAUAGUCUUAUUUUUUCCUUCAGCUCCUUUCUGUUUUCCCCCAUCAUGACUCACCCUAUUUCCAGCCUUCUAUUCCCUGCAGUUAUCCUGGUCUAGCAAAGUUAUUUCUUUCAAAAUAGACAUCACAUCUAAAAAUGUUUAUUGAUGGUCUAGUGCAAGCCAGAUGGAGCAUGUUCAGGAAGUGAUCAGCUUGGUGCUUGAAACCAACCGCAGAUAAUGAACAGUUCUGCUUUCAAAUAUCCAUGAAUAUUUACUGUGGAAUUCAAUUAAGACUUCUUUCCUCUUUAGCCUUCAAAUUACAUGACCUUAAACUUGCAAAGAACAAUCCCGCAGGGAUGGGAGAGAUCAUUGUCUUCUACUUAAACCUGAAAGAAUCAGCCUUUUAAAGCAAGCCAGGGAAAUGGUACUUUCGAAGGAAUGGUGACUGAUCCAGGCAUGUUAUCAAACUUCCUGGUCAUCUCUACCUUUCCUGUAUUGCCUGUGGCUUGUUUAAGAUUAAGAAUCAGGGAGAUUAAGAAAUACUACUUCAAGCUUUGCUCCGCUCACCUGUGUGUUUGUUGUCAAACAUUUCUUAUGUUUGGUGACCAAGAGAGAAUGAUUUUCAUUAAUUUCAUCUCCCCCUUAGCAAAUGGAAAUGAUAAACGUCUGAGAAAGCCAAGACAUCCUUAACCACUAUCUGCCUUUUUCAUUUAUUUGAUGGUUUUAUGCCAGACUUUGAAGAAAUUCCUUCUCUUCCUUUUUGCUUAACUUUAAAAUUUGUGGGGCUGGCCCAGUGGCACAGCAGUUAAGUUCACACGUUCCACUUUGGUGGCCCAGGGUCUGCCGGUUCGGAUCCCGGGUGCAGA